AUGCUCAUCACCAGCCCUUGUAUCAUUAAGUUUUCUUUCGCUCUUCUCCUAACCUUUCAUGUUUUUCUUUCCCUUCUAUUUCUAUUUUGUAACCAUGCCUUGGCUGCUGAAUUAACAUUCAAUAUUAUUAGCCUUGGUGCCAAGCCCGAUGGAAAGACCGAUGCCUCGUCUGUGCUUCAAAUGACUUGGGCUAAGGCUUGUGACUCGUCUACACCGGCCACUAUUUACGUUCCCAAGGGUAUAUUCUACGUUCGAAGUGUGAGCUUUAAUGGGCCUUGUAAGAACAAUGUUAUUACUGUUCUCAUUGAUGGAACUCUUGUGGCUUCCUCGGACAUUCAAGUUUUAGCUAAGACUAAAUCUUGGAUUGAGUUUAGUCACAUAGAUGGGCUUUCCAUUACUGGCGGUAUUAUCGAUGGGCAAGGAACUGCCUUAUGGAAUUGUAAACACUCGGGAAAGAGUUGCCCCACUGGAGCCACGAGUCUUCGAAUAAAUGAUGCACAAAACGUGAACAUCAAUGGAUUAUCUUCAAUUAACAGCCAAAAGUUCAACAUUGUGGUGAGUGGGUGUCAAAACGUGCAUAUGACAAGAGUGAAUGUCUCGGCUACAGACGACAGUCCAAACACUGAUGGCAUCCAUGUGGAACAAUCAUCAGAUGUGACCAUCCUCAACUCGAGCAUUAGCAACGGCGACGACUGCAUCUCAAUCAGUCCAGGGACCUCCAACUUGUGGGUGGAAAGUAUUACAU